AUGUCGUCCUUCACCCCCCAAGACUCCCGCUUCACGCCCUCCCCCGCAGCCAGCUUCGAUACCUAUGGCGUCGCUGAAAUGAUGGCGGACCUCGGCAUCCACCGCCGCGCCGCCCUCCCCCUCUCCGGCAGCACAGCAAUCCUCCCCCCUCCCCCACCAGACAUCUCAAAACACAACCCGCGCGUCGCAAAGCUCGCCGAAGACUAUCCAGAUAUACCCAAUGCCUGGGCCUCCCUCUUCGACCCCAAACUCGUCGAAGAGCGCGACGACGGCCUAGGAGAAGGCCAGAUGCACCGCAGCGGCCCCAACUACCAGCCCUACAACAACAACCACAACGACGACCACCGCCGCAGCGGCUCGCACCGCCCUGCAGACCCGGGGUCGAAAGGGGGGCGCAACAAGUCGCCGCCGAGCGGCGGGCGGACGCUGCGGAAUGCGAGGUCGCUCUUUGAGCUUAGCAAGCUGCCGCCCGAUAUACCGUUUUUCAGCCGCGGCCCGCUAGACAGUGUUAGGACUGUGAGUGGGGCUGCGGUGCUGCAGAGGAGGGCGGCGUUGAGGGCUAAGAUGAGUAGCAUGCACAGUCUCGAAGGGCCGCCAGGUGAUCCCCUAGCACCACUACGGGCGCCUGAGCAAGUGGCAGGAAGGAAAAGAUCCCUUCGCUCCAGGGGAGUACAUAGUAUCGUCAAGCACCAUCUUGCUGGAAACGCCUACAUUCCCCUACGAGCACAGGUCGCUCAGCAGCGGAGGGCUGCGCCGCCCAAUAUCCCACCAAUCAACGCACCUAAGGGACCAAGUUCUAUGCAGAUCUUUGCCCUUCCUCCUAAAAAAACAUCUACCUUACCACCUCAUCUCUCUGCGAGGGCUGUUGUUAGGAAUCCGGAGGUUAGCCAAUGGAAUACGGGUAAACUUGUAACGAACAGUGUCGAUUAUGACUAUCUGUCAAACCCACCAAAGCCCGCUUCUAGUCUAUUCAAAAUCCCGACACCGGCAAAGCUCGACCAAGUUCCUCCCUCUGGGAACUUUUUUCUACCAGCAGACCAGGAAACGGCCGACAAAGCUUCUUCCUCUGGAAGCUUUUUUCGAUUCUCAGGAGCGGCAAAGGCAGACACCGUCCCUUCCUCCGAAAAUAGGUUUCAAUUACCAAGCCAGGAAAAGACCAACUUACCAAUCGCUUCAGGUGUUUCCACUAUACCCGGCGCUCCUAAGAAGAAGAGCCCUGAACUUACUUCUACUCAAAUUUACCCUGCUGUUGCACCUGGCUCGGUUCUCUUUCCCCUGGUUCAAAAAGCUUCUGAAACUGCUAAGACUUCUAUUUUCCCGGAAACUAUCUUUACUUCAGGCGCUGGGCCAAUUCCUAGGCCUCAAGCCACCAUUGAGCCCGGUUCGCCAUUUAUCUUCAAGCUUCCGGUUUCUACAACUUCUUCUGUACCUUUAACUGGUCCUGGAGCGCCGUUUGUCUUCAAGUUGGGUGGGACUGCAAGUGAUAAUAGUGCUGGUGCGGCUCCACAUAAGUUAUCGUCCGCCAAACCACAGCUUGAGGCCACUAGAACACCUCCCCCUAGGUUUCUGGAAUCUAAUAGCACUGUCAUCAAUAAUGAUUCAGUCAGUAGAGGAGAGGAGGGUAGCCUAGAAGUGCAUGCUAAUACAAACCCCUACGGCUCGGACAAUAUCUCUGAAGAAGAUGACGCAACAAUUGAAUCACUACAUAACGAUAUCAGCGCAAUUAGGGAAUCCGUUAACAAUCUCAAGACCGAGGUAUCUAGCAUUGAUAGCUUUGAACAGUCCCUACAGGCCCGUAUCGCCACGAUGAUGUUACUAAAGGAAGAGAUUCUCCGGGAAAUCGAGACCAAGGAAGUGACAAUGUCUCAAAUUGAGCGUGAAUUGCAGAAUAUCAAGGCGAAGCGCAAUACUCUCAAGCAGGCUGUAUCAGCUUUGGCUCUGGGAACUGAAAACGUUGUAGCGGAAGCUGAACGACCAGUGAUUGCUAAGGAAAGCGCAGAGGUGGGAAGACCUGACGUUGAAAUGGCAGAUCUCAUAGAGGAUAUCGCACAAGGUGUAGCGGAAGAGGAGGGCAGCUCGGAAACUAAAAGACCCCAGGAGCAGUCAACAUGGGAAGUCUCAGAAGUGCCUUCCAAUGAGUCUAUCGAGGAGGAACAUUCUGGAGUCAAGGAACAACUUGAAGCCACAUGUGAGGCUAGGCCGUCUGACGAGGCCCAGAAAGAAGAAUCUCUCGUAAAGAAUCAUGAAAAGGAUGAGAAGCAUUCAGACCAAGAAACCAAAGAGACCAAAUUCCCCAGGGUUAAUGAACCGUUGGCCAGGAUUAACUUUCAAGCAGCACCUGCAACUCAAUCACCCGUUGAGCCCGAAGUUGAGACCGAAGUUGAGACCACUACUGAUAAAUCAAUCGAGUCAUAUGAGUCUCAGAAUAACCAUCGUAACGAUAUAUCUAUACAGAAAACCACGGAGAACACACCAUUGGUAGAGGCAAGAUCUCAAGAGCAGAAGUCUGAAACAACCCAGGAAUCCGAUGCACCUGGAAGCUUUAAAACUCAGCCUGGCAUGGACAACGCCGAGAAAAAACGCUUGGCUAGUCUCGAAGCGCACGAGAAAGCGCAGCAGGAACGCGCAGCCGAAAUCGAAGCAUUCCAGCAAGCUGAAAAAGAGCGGCUGGAGAUCAAACGCCUGGUAAAGGAACACCUGGAGCGAGUAAAACAUGAAGAGAGCCGCCGAAAGAUGGGCAAGCCAAAAAUGCCUGGUACAGACGACGGGAGCUCAGAUGAAAAGGAAAGCACAUCUCCAAUUAAGACAAGUAGGGCUGCAAUGGAUGCGCACAAAGCAGUUUUCAGAAGCGUGGAUCAGGGCCGCUAUGACUUGUAUCAAAGUGGUGAGGCGGGGCAUGAGAUUGUUGAUGAGACACCUCUCCGGAAUGCAACGGAGCCCAAGGAGGAGGAAGCUAUAGUCGUGAGGGGAUCCGGUGUUCUCAACCAGGCUACGAGCCCCAAGAACUCCGUGAUCGACUACGCGGCCUCUGAGCAUGGGCAAUCAAAACCAAGAAGACCACGGUUCCCGUAUCACAUCUCUCUUGACCUCCGACCGACUUAUGAAGUUGAUCCUCUACGAGUAGAAGUCGGCCUUAAUCAAUGUCCGGAGGAGGAAAUAACUAAGAGAUGCAUGGAGCUUAUGACUCCAGCGGGAUAUCAGAAUCUUAUACGCAUGCCAAAGCUCAGGAUGUUUCUGGACCAAUGCAACAAAAGACAUGCAUCCAGGCUUGCAAGAUAUCAUGCGCCUGGUUGA